UGUGUAGCGUAGUAGCCAGACAGAACCAUGGCGUUGUACCACAGCUCUGUGUGACAGGUUAGCAUCUGGUAAACACAACAACACCUCCUCCAGGGUAAGGGACGCGGCUGCGCACUGUUAUCCGGUACAGACAACCGACAGCGGGGUCGAGAAGAAUAGAAAGGAUGGGGUCCCGAAUCAAGGAGAGCCCUGAGUCCACUUUUGAGGUGUAUUUGGAGGUCGCCCAUCCAGGCACAAACAGCUCUGGGCCGGAGGUGCGGAGACAGUACCCUGAAGACUACACAGAACAGGAAACUCUUCAGACUGUGCCCAAGUUCUGCUUCCCCUUCAGCAUGGACAGUCUCACAGUCAACCAGGUCGGCCAGAACUUCACAUUUGUGUUGACUGACAUUAAGAGCAAACAGAGAUUUGGCUUCUGUCGCCUCUCCUCAGGUGCCCACACCUGCUACUGCAUUCUCAGCUACCUGCCCUGGUUUGAAGUCUUCUACAAGCUGCUUAAUAUCGUCGCAGAUUACACCAUCAAAGGCCAGGAAAGCCAAUGGCAAGAGUUCCUGGUGUCACUACAUACGCUCCCCAUCCCUGAGCCCGGGGUCCCUGUUCAUCUCGGUGUGCAUUCCUUCUUCACUGUGCCUGACACAAGGGAACUCCCCAGCAUACCUGAGAAUAGAAACCUAACAGAGUACUUUGUAGCAGUAGAUGUCAAUAACAUGCUUCAUCUGUACGCUAGUAUGCUUUAUGAACGUCGAAUCCUCAUCUGCUGUAGCAAACUAAGCACUUUAACAGCUUGUGUCCAUGGGUCUACAGCCAUGUUAUAUCCAAUGCACUGGCAACAUGUUUACAUUCCUGUCCUGCCUCAACAUCUAUUAGACUACUGCUGUGCCCCAAUGCCCUACCUCAUCGGAGUACAUUCCAGCCUGAUGGAGAAAGUUCGAGGGAUGGCUCUGGAUGAUGUGGUGGUCCUGAAUGUGGACACAAACACCCUGGAAACACCCUUUGAUGACCUCCAAACUCUGCCCAAUGAUGUGGUCUCAUCUUUAAAGAGUCGUUUGAGGAAGGUUUCAACAACAACUGGGGACGGCGUGGCUCGAGCCUUCCUCAGGAGUCAGGCGGCUCUGUUCGGCAGCUACAGAAACGCUCUGCAGAUCGAGCCGGGAGAGCCAAUAACAUUUAAUGAGGAAACCUUUAUGAACCAUCGUUCCAGUGCCAUGAGACAGUUCCUCCUGAAUGCCAUCCAGCUGCAGCUCUUCAAACAGUUCAUUGACGGCCGGUUGGACCUGUUGAAUGCAGGAGAGGGUUUCAGUGAUGACUUUGAGGAGGAGAUCAGCAUGGGCGAAUAUGCAGGCAGUGACAAGACCUACCACCAGUGGCUGUUCACUGUGAAGAAAGGAGGCGGGGCUAUCAUCAACACAGUGAAGACCAGGGCGAACCCUGCCAUGAAGACCGCUUACAAGUUUGCUAAGGAUCAUGCAAAAAUGCGUAUCAAGGAAGUCAAGAGCCGGCUUAAGCAGAAGGAGCAGGCAGAAAACGGCUUCUCCACAGCAGGGUCAGCGGUCAUCGAUGACGACAACACAGCAGGCUUCCCCUCUUCCACCAGUGCAGUGAGGAGGGAGGGGGCGCUGCGAACCUUGGACGACCACAGGCCGAUCACUGUGCAUUUUGGACAGGCUCGGCCACCAAUGCUGUUGAAGAGACCGAGCAGCAAUGUGAGUCUGGAAAGCAGCGUUGACCACUCUAUCCGUCCUACUCGUCACUACACAGUCUUUCUCUCAGAGGAUUCGUCCGGAGACGAGCUCCAGUACGACGAUGACUCCAUCUCUGGCUUUCCUGACAGCUUGCUCUUCUCCGUCCCUUUUGAGUGGUCGCCUCUGCCGCAGCCGUACCGCUCCCUGAAGGAGGUUGAGAUGAUAGAUGUGGACGAUACUGGGUUUGGGGCAGAAAGUCACACUGCCCCUCCCAGCCCGGUUAAUGAGAGGUUCUCCGACGUCAACCUGCUGGGGGACAUCUUCGGCUGCCAGGACGAGCCUGACAGCCUACCAAUGACCUUGGCUAAAAGUCUGGAGGACCUGAGGACUCCCAAAAUCUCUGAGGAGCUGCAAGCAAAGUUCACCUACCAGCGGAUGGACCUGAGUCUGGGUGAACACUCGCGAACGCUUCCAGGCCUCAAGCUCCCCAACCCUUACAACAAGCUGUGGGGUAUAGGUCAAGACGAAACAGCCUUGCCCGUUUGUGUGCCGCCCACCUGCGACAGACCUCCGCCUGUCCAGGUUGCCGUGAAGAUGGACUCUCCGAGCCACGAAAGCUCCGACCCGGGCCCCGACACUUUGGACCCUUCCACCUCCGGCAACAUCACCAUCCCACGUCCCCACGGAAGGAAGACGCCCGAGCUCGGUUCUGUGCUGGCACCCCCCGCGGCCCAGUUGCGCUCUAAACCAGCGGGAGCCGGUGAAGGAGGGACUACUUCAGGGGGACAGGAGUUUCGGCAAGCCCUGGGCAUGACCACAGAUGGAGACCUGCUGAAGCCCAUCAAGGCCUCUGAGGACAGUAUCGAUCUGAUGAGUCUUCUAGACCCCCUUAACAGAUCAGCACCCAUCAAUUCCACAUCAUUGAGUGACGGGGUAGAUAUCGGCGUGUCGUCAUCUUCCUGCAAACCAACACUACCACCCAGGCCUUACCCACAAGGCUUGCCUCCUUUCCCACUACAUCCUCACGCAUCACUCAACCCUUUUGCCCAGUCUCUGCAGCACACCUCCCCUCAAAUGCGUUACUCACCUACUGUAAGUGGGAAUCCUUUCAAUAUGGUCUACGGGCCUCCACCGGGCUCUUACUUACACACUCCAGCCCAGCCACAGUCCUUUUCUACACUACCGGGGCUCUCUUACAGACAGCAUUCACCCGGCAGUUCAACUCUGCCACCCAACUACGGACUGCUCCAGUCAGCCUACCCCUCCUCCGUCACCUCCCUGCCUCACUUCUCUGCCAGCAAUCAUGCUCUUUCCAGUCUCGCGGACUCUACGUCUGUCCCCAGUACAGCCAUGAACAAACUGGCAAAGCCACUUCAUGUUGAGGGAGACAGCCAGAAGACUCAGGAUCCUUUUGGGGAUCUGCUGACUAUGGCCAAGCCGGCUACACCCCAAAAAAAGAAGGUGGAGGACCUUCGGAGGAGGUGGGAAACAUUUGAUUAAAACCCUGUGAAUAUGUA